AUGUCGGCCGAGCGACGCAGAACUCUGAGAAGACACGAAAUCGACAUUACCGAAGCUUCGGACGAAACCGAUCAGUCAACCAGUGGUGUUAGCGAUUUAAUAACAUUGAGACGUGGCCGUCGAUCAUCGAGGCGAAGGCCGAAGAGCCGCAGAAGGCGAUCGCGGUCUGGUCGCCGCCGGGUCAGAAGACGUAGCGUCGGCGGUACCGAGGAAGACGAAGACGAAGACUACAGUACGACCACAGACGCCGAAGAAGACGAUGACGACGACUCGUCAGCGGUAGACGCGUCGUCCCGGAGAAGGUCGAGAAAAAGGAGGAGUAGACGAAGGGGCAGUCGACGACGCCGCCGUCAGUAUCAGAUCAGUGGAACCGACGAAGACAACGACGAUGAUAACACCGACGCAGAGACCACCGAAGACGCUUCGUCUUCUAGCGGCAGUGGUGCCCUCGCGAUGGCGGCCAGCGGGUGUGGAAAUCCUUGUGGCAGUCGCCGCAGGAGAAGGAGAAGGAGGAGAAGGUCUUCUAGCAGACGAAUGGGGUGCAAGCCGAAGAGUAGGAGAAGGAGGAGAAGAAGGAGGAGAAGUGGCGGCUGCUGUAUCAACAAUCUCGGAGAGUCUACCAUCACGGUUGGUGAAAUGACCGACGAUUUGACAGAUACGAGCGGAACAGGGCACCGACGCAUCACGAGCCACAACGAACCGGAUACCGUCGCCAACACUCGGCAAAAUGCCCGGAAAUCGAGCUAG